AUGAAGAUCAUGCAUCACAAUGCCAAGAUGCUUGAAGAUGAUCAGAAGAAAAAUGAAGUGUCCUGGCGUGCAGGAGGUACUCCUGCUGAAACUUGGAUGGCUGCCACAACCUCAUUCAUUCAUGGCAUUGAUUAUCCUUUCGUUGAUGUCAUCAUCUUUGCUGGUUUGCCUUACAACUUCUAUCACUUCAUUCAAGGUGCAGCACGUGGUGGAAGAGGUGGACGUCCUUGUAUGGUCAUCGUGCUAUACAUUCCAUCAACAUUCAAGCCUCUUGAACUUGGAACAAAGGAUACUCAGCUUCAGCAAGCCAUGCAAGAUUGGGCUUUAAACACAUCUACAUGUCGACGCUCACUCAUUUCUCAGAUCAUGGAUGGUGAUAUCAGCACUUGCUCUACCCUUCACAAGUAUGAGCACUGUGAUGUUUGUGCACCUUCCACUACAGUCACCAACAUUAUCCAUGACUGCUUUCAGCAAUCAUGUGCAGCUACCCCACUUCUCGCAUCAUCAAGUUCUGGUGAUGAUGAUGAUGACAUUGACUAUUUUGCGACUUUUUCUCCACUGGAUGAUAUUAUUCUCAAUGAAGAGCUUUGGAAUGAUGCCUCAGGUGCACACAAUGCAAGUCCUCCCACUUGUACAAACAUUUCCUCAAGCAAGGCUUCUAUCACUGCUUUGCCACAGCAGCCAUUAUCUGCAGCUCAAUCUGUGGGUAGUGACCUUGCAGUGCGAGCAGCAAAAGUAUUGUGGCAACUUAACAAUCGAUGCAAGCAAGAGUUGGUGGGCAAGUUGUCAACAGCAAUGAUUGUGCUACGAGACAAGUGUCCUAUUUGCUGGGCUUGGAAGGGCUGUCUCACUAACAAACACAAAUGCUUUGUUGACUGUCGCAAAGUGCUCAAGAUUUCAGCCUUUAUUUCUUGGGCCAUGGGUUGGAUCGACUGGAAGACCACAUACCUCAAGCUCAGUGGUGGAUACAAGUAUUGCUAUGCUUGCUAUCUACCCAUGGGUGUGAACUCACCUAAAUGCCACAUCGGUGACUUUUUCGACAAGAACACAAAGCGAUGUCCCUUCAGUGAUAUUAUUGUGCUUACCUUAUGGGUUUGGCACAAUGAUAAAGCACUGUGGAAGGUGUUGUGCACUGAAUUCAAGUUAUCAGUAUCCAUGAAUCAAGCAGACUAUGGUCAAUGGCUGAUGCAGGUUGAGACAGAGAGAGAGUUUAUACGGGCAAUCAAGGUGUUUUUGUGGAUUUAUGACUUGCGUUCAUUGCAGAAUGUGUCAGUGUAG